CACACAAUACCUCAGACAAGCGUUGAGACUGGGGUUGGGGGGGGGUUGGAAGAACUUUAUAGUUGCUUAUGCACUCUUGUUCAGUGUGACAAAGGGAUUACUGGGGCUUCCUCUUUUUCCACUUUUUUCUUACCCCCAUGCCACUGACCUGAGUGUGACAUGAGUAAACAGGAGACUCUGGCAACCUGUAUUGCCAGGAUGUAUGAAGGUGGCAGGCUGGAGAACUCUGGAAUGCCAUCAGGAACAAUCAAGAAGUCGAGCUGUACUCUGAUAGGCAGUCUGAGCAAAGUGGAGGUCAAGCUGAAUGUCCUGGAGGGGAAAGUGGAACAAAUUGAAUGUACCCAGACGGAGGUGCUCCAAAAGUUGAGCUCGCUGUGUCACGGGAUGGAAUCAUUAGAGAGAAGCCUUAUGCAAAACAAGCAGGGCAGUCAAGAAUCAAAUCCAGUCAAAAAUGGCCAAGUAGAGGGCAACAAGCUCCCCUUGCUAACUGAGGUCAGAUCGCUUUGUGGAGAGACUGUGGAUCUGCUUCAUAAUCUCAAGCAGGAGAGUCAACAGCAGAGGAAGAAAAUCGAUCGUAUCGAAAGUUCUCUGUCCAUAAUGGAUAAAGUACUAGGGUAUGUGGGAGAUGCUUUCCGCAACUCAAAGAUAAUGGAGUUUAUCUUGAAUGGUGUGGUGCCAUGGAGGAAGCAAGGCCUUCUGGACAUUGUAGAGGAAGAGAAAAACAAACCAGAUGACAACAGUGUUAAGCCAAAAGACAGUGUGUGCCACCAGAGCACACAGACUUCAGAGGAGAUUAAGGAAGUUUCAGCUGAGACUAAAUUCCAGCAGCCAGAGGUCACUACUUCCACUGUCCUCAGUCGACUUUCUCCUGAACCCCUGACAGGUUCAACUGAACCUCUGCGCACUGUAAGCGGAGGAGAAGGGUCCAACAAAGCCUUACGUAAGGCCAAGGAGGUCACCGUGAAAAGCAGAGAGCCUGCACGUGUCCAGACAUUUGCUCCUGAAUUCCACCUUGAAGUUGAGGAGACUGAGGUGCAUGAUGUACCCAAGCAGGAGACAUAUAGCUCGGCUGCAGUGCCAACUAAAACAGAAUGUGGCACUGUGACAACAGCUAAAGUGGAAGAAGAGGUGCCUUUUCAGCCAGAGAGGGCUCUUGAACAAACUGGAGUUUCACGGGUUGGUGUGAAGGCUUCACUCAAGCCAACAUUUUCUGAAAAGCAAGUGGAGCAGAAGGUGGAUGUUCCUCAUGAAAAUACAGAAAGUUCACUGGUUUGUGAGAAGGCCUUACUCAAGUCAACCAUUCAUGGAAAACAACAACUGGAGCAGAAUGAGAAGGUUCAUCAAGAACAGACAGAAUGUGCACAGUUAGGUGAGAAGGCCUCACUCAAAUCAACAGUUCCAAGAGAGCAACAAGAAGAGAAAAAGGAGGAAUUUCAUCAAGAACCUCAGCUCUGCACCAAAAAUCUUGUCAAAAAGGAUUCCGAGACUAAGUCAUCACAUAAAAAGACAGCAGAGAGGGUGAUGACUGUGCCAAAACAUAAUGAGAGCAAGCUAGAAACUGAACCAGCAAUCAAGAAAAACCAAACUAAGACAGUUGAGAAGAUUUUGGAGCCUGACCCUGUGAAGAACUGUGCUGCUUCUAGUCCACAGACAACAGCCCAUGUUGAAGGAGAAAAUGCAACAACAGGACCUCUGAGAAAAGCUGAGUCACUACUGAUCAUUGAUGACAGUCCACCACUUCCAGCCCCAUUCGAGCAUCGCAUCGUCAGUGCCAAGCAGGUUCCCAUGAGUUCAUAUUAUGCAGUCAACCCCAAUGCACUGCUGGGCGGAGGCCGUUUUGGACAGGUACAUAAGUGUGCUGAGUUGUCAUCGGGUCUUACGCUGGCUGCCAAGAUUAUAAAAGUACGGGGAAUGAAAGAGAAGGAUGAAGUGAAAAAUGAGAUUGGAGUUAUGAACCAGUUAAACCAUGUGAAUCUGAUUCAGCUGUAUGAUGCUUUUGAGUCUCGGACUAACCUCACUCUCAUCAUGGAAUAUGUGGAGGGUGGUGAAUUGUUUGAACGAAUUGUUGAUGAGAAUUACCAGCUGACGGAGCUGGAUGCCAUCGUGUUUACCAGGCAGAUUUGUGAGGGGGUACAGUACCUUCACCAGCAGUACAUUCUCCAUUUAGAUCUUAAGCCAGAAAACAUAUUAUGUGUGAACAGCACUGGGAAUCAGAUCAAGAUCAUUGACUUUGGACUUGCCAGAAAGUACCGGCCCAGAGAAAAGCUGAAGGUCAACUUUGGAACCCCAGAGUUCCUGGCACCAGAAGUUGUCAACUAUGACUUUGUGUCAUUUCCAACAGAUAUGUGGAGCAUUGGUGUCAUCAUAUACAUGCUUUUGAGUGGCCUUUCUCCAUUCCUGGGUGACAACGACACAGAGACAAUGAACAACAUACUGCAUGCCCAAUGGGACUUUGACGCCGAAGCAUUCGAGAAUGUAUCCGAAGAAGCCAAAGACUUCAUCUCCAGACUUCUUGUACCUGCCAAAUGUAGCCGUCUGAGUGCAUCAGGUUGUAUGAAGCAUAACUGGUUGAAUAACCUGGAGGACAAGGCCAAGAUGUACAAAGUUCGCCUCAAGUCUCAGCUGAGGCUGCAGCGUUACCUUGCUGCUCACCGUCAAUGGAAGAAACACUUCUAUGCAGUUGCAGCAGCUAACAGAUUGAAGAGAUUUCAACAGAACAGAUCAAUCAGUAUGCCAAAUUAGCAAGCUAUUAAGCUAGAGGACAGUGUCAGUAGCUUGACUCCAUUUCUGCAGAGGCUUCAAAUACAUCACAACAUCACACACUGGGAAAGGAUCCUGUUAUUUGUCUGAGUUUCUGUUGGAAAGAAUUUGUAGAGUAUUGUAUCUUGCCUUGUUUUAAGCCAGUGUCAGAUUAUAUAUUUUUUGCUGCAUACGUAUCUUUAAAAAUGGUCACAUUCUCUUAAGGUGCCUUGUUUGGAACACCAUUGCAUUUAAUUAACACUUCAUUAUCAUGCUUUCACACCAUGAGUGUAUGGCAUGGAUUGCAGGGUUUGCUUUGGAAUCACAUGAAAAAGCUUUUGUCCCUUCUGUGAAGGUGUUAAUCUUGGGCUUUACUGCCUUGUCCUAGUAUUUGAUGAAUUUGAGUAUUUGAUGUUUUUCAUAUAUUUUGAAAGUAUUAUAUAUUAGUACAAACAUACUGUAGCAGCAGAAUUUGAUAUAGAGACACAGCGAUCAUCUUACACUGCUGACCUUUGUUGAGCAUUUUAGUUUAGACAAAAAAACUAAAAAAUUAACAAAAUAAGAGACUGACUAGUGUGGUAUCUUUUUUUUUUUUUUUUUAAUUCUCAUUUAAAACAACUUCACUGCUUGUUCCAGAAUUUUUUAAUAUUAUUACUGUCACAGAAUUUAUUGCAUUGCUCUUCAUUUGCAUUUUGUAGCAUUAAUGACAAGUUGUACACAUUCAUAUGGUGACAGCAUAAUCACAAAUAUAUGCACUAAGGUGGUUCUGCUCUUGGCAUUGUAACUGGCAAUAUAAGGGCACAGAAAUAAGGAUGCUUUAUAGGGCAGUUUUGUUUUGCUAUUUCUCUGAGUUUGUUUGUAGAGCGUGUUUGUGUAGCAACCUUUUUCCAAGUGCAAUAUUGAUUGUCACAAACAUCUGAACUUUGCUUCUGUAGGAAAUGCUAUUAUUAAAGAUAAAUGUACCCUAA